CGAACGCUGAGCGUCAAACCCCGGUGAAUCAUGAACCGACUCAGUGCAAUUUUCCUAGCCAUCUUUGCAGUUUUGGUUUCGCUGAUAACGCAGACAGUUGAAUCAACUAUUCAACCCAAGGCACCUAAUUUCCAGUACUUUGAAAGACCUAAAUACCGAUACCCAUACUAUGACGAGCAUGGCCGUGGCAAGCUCCUGUACGGAUAUGGAGGCCCGGAACUGUUCCAGUACAAGAGCUACUCGCCAUUGGAUGGAAUCCACUGAGGUGGUGCAUCAAU